CUUGCUGCGAUGAGACGGGAUGCCCUAGCAACAAGAUACAGGCUGCUGGCGAUGUUGCUCCUCCUCACAAAUUCAUGUGUAGAAAGGGACUUGAACCGGAAACCAAACUACUUUUUCUAAGUUUUCUCUCCGAGGCAAAAGAGGAAAACGACGCGUCCUUUGGUGUCAAAGAGUGUACAGUUCCUACUUUUCUGCAUUUACGGUUACUGCUGGAAAUGUGUCAGUUGCACACCAGCAGGCAGCUGCUGAAGCGUUUCUUACCAGGAUACUAAGAGCGUCGUCGUGUGAUUUUUGAUCUAGUCCGCAGCCAUAUAACGGAUCCUGUACGUUUACCAUGGAAGAUGGUACAAAAGAGGACCAUGCCCAGCAAAAUAAGCCAAAGUUCCUGAGUAAAGUUGGCUGGGUAAAGAAAGCUCACGGCCGACUGUUGACGAGCUACAAGGACCGUUAUGUCCAUGUGGAGAAGACAGAGAUUGCAGUGUAUGAAAAUGAGGACCUACAGAACUGCUUGGAAAGGCUUGACUUGGAAAACUAUGAAACAUGCCAUGAAUUAAAGAGCCCCUUCAAGAAAAAGCACAGACUAAUUCUGAUACGAUCUCAAAAGUCUGGAAAUAAGAUCCAUGAUGUGAAGUUCCAGACUCAGACUGUGGAGGAGAAGGAGGCUUGGAUCAAAGCCCUCAGUGAUUGCAUCAAUCGGGCAAAAAACAAAGUCUUUGAUGAGGUGAAAGUUGAUGAAAGCAGUAAUUUAGAGCAUAUUACCCGAACAAGACCUCAAGGAAACCGUAACCGGCGCCCACCAACCCGGAUCCACAUGAAAGAGGUGGCUGUUGUGUCCUCUGAUGGUGUACUGCGUUUGGAUCUUGAUCUUGAGAAUGCAAUGAUGCCUAAUGGGACAAAUAUUGCCAAAACAGAUGGUUCUGAAACCUCGGAAACAGCUGUAUUUCCAGCUGUUGCUGCAGAGAAACAAUCAGUGAGUACAGCUGUGGAGAAGAAGGUCAUGAAACCUCCCAUGCCUCCUACCAAGGAGGCUAAAUCCAGUUUUGUACCUGAAAAUGAACCUAAUAAACAAGAUGAAAUAGAGGUCCUGAAACCACCAAUGCCUCCAUCAAAAGAAUCCAAACCCUGUGUUACACUUGGGAUGGAAGUUUUAGAAGAUGAAAAUACUUAUGUUAAGAAAAAUACAGGCCCAACACCUCCCAAUAAACCCAGCUCCAACGGCUCAUUGAGCAACCUUACUGAAGUCUUACCAAACUUGUCAAACUCUCAUCCCCCAACACCUCCACCCAAGGACAAGAAGCCCUCUCAAAUAGUUGUGGAGCCCAACCAACAGACACAAGAUGCAGCUGUUGAAAAGAAGGAGAUGGAAGGAGAGGAUGAGGAUGAAACAGCAAGAACAGUUGUGGGCAAUGAUGAGGUAGACCAGUUUGAGGAAACUGGCCAAAAUGGUGAACCCAAGAGCACCACUGACGAAGAUGUUUUUAUGCAGGAUGGAAGCUGUGACAUUAAUGACCAACAGGAACCCCAAGGGCCAGAGAGAGAGAAACUGAGUCUUUUAUCCUCCAAUAAAAGCCCAAAGAAUCCUGUUCAACCUGACAUACAGCUCGAAGAAGACCCUUCUUCGCCUCAGAGUAACCCAUUCCGUGAAACCCUUAACCUGAGUCCGCUUUUCUGUCACGUGCCAGGAGAGAAGAAAAAAAAGGCUGAGGAGAAAUCUGUAGACAGUGGUCAGCACUCAGAUAUUGAGAGUGAAGGCUCUGUGAAUGAAGACACACUGGCAGCUUCCACAGCUGCAUUCCGGGGAAGCCACGCCGGCCUAGAAGUGUUGGAUGCAACUGAAGAUGAAAGUCAAACCUGUGUUAAUUUAAGGCCAUUAGCCGAGCUUCAGGUUAGACCAAAUGUCAUCCUCUGUCGGCGCUCAGAGCCUUUUGAGAAACCUCUCAAACCUUCAAGCAAGCCCAGGUCUGCAUCAAUUGGAGAUUUACUGUCUGACUCCCCUGGCUGUAAUCAAAAGAAAAUUUCCAGCAAAACUGAAGAUGGGUGUGUACCAACUUCUAAAAAUGAUGUCACAAAGCUUGAGACUGAAGUGGCCCUGGAGAUGAAAAAGACGAAUGAGCUCCUGAAUCAGGCUCAGGAGAGAAGUUAUGCUGAGGUCAUGCCGGAAGAUCUGCUUGCUAAAGCCUUGGAGAAGCUCCAGAAGGCUGAUAGCGUACUCAGAGAGGUCAAGAAACUGAAACUUGCAAAGACUUUAAAAAGGAUGAGCUGGUAAAUACCAGUAAUACCCAAUCAACUAGGAAUUAACUGACAGUUUUCUUUAGUUUAAGAAUAUGAGCCCAAACAGACCCAAAAUAGACUCACAUUUUAGACAGGAUAAAUUGAUUUUAGAACAUUAUAUUUUGCUGUUAAGUAAUGGCAGUUAAAGGUUGGCUGACACAGUCUACCGAAGCAGGAGAAACUCACUUGGUCUACUUUUAUGUGAAGUAAAAAACUCCUUAUCGAAAAAACAAGUUCAAGAGGGUUUUUGAUGUAUGUGGUAGUGUUUUAUAAAACACAGUUUGGAAAACCAGUGUAGAUAAUGGGUCAGGGUUUAGGUUUUAGAGUUUUAUGGGCAGAAAUAUUUCACUUUUAACAGAUAUAGCAUCCCCUGCAACCUCUUAUAUCCAACAGAGUAUAAUUCUUUGCACUUUUACUGCUUAAAUUUCUUUUUGUUAAAUGAUAUGAUAGAAUAGAAAUUUUUGUUUUAACACCAAAAUUAAACACAAGUUUAAAUGCUCUCAUCUGUAAACCUUAGCUUUUCUUUCAGAUAUAUACACACCAUUUAUUUGAGGGAAUGUAAAAUGUAUUUACUUGAUAAUUUUGCUGCAGCAUAUGUAUUAUUAUUAAUAGGUAAAUUAAAAGGCACCUAUAUAGCUCAGGAGUUUUCAGGCUAACUACAUGCUUAAUGCAAAUAAAGAUAUUUGUAUUUCACAUAAAGGAAUCAGUUUAUAAUAGAUAGAUAGAUAGAUAGAUAGAUAGAUAGAUAGAUAGAUAGAUAGAUAGAUAGAUAGAUAGAUAGAUAGAUAGAUAGAUAGAUAGAUAGAUAGAUAGAUAGA